AUGUCGUCCACAAAGACCAAGCCAGGAUCGCAAGGAUCCGCCGGCACACAAGGGUUGAGGGGAACAUCGCCGAAAAAAGCCGACUCGGGUCAAAGACAGACCAGUCGAGGGGCCGUUCGCCCUGACGCCAAGGCCGGCAAGGCGCUCAAGACCAAGCAAAAGGAAGCAUCCGAGACCGGGCUCGGAGGAGACUCCGAUGACACCAAGCUUGCCUGGACAUUUAUAACCUCAGAGAACAUCGACGAACUCGGCAACUUGGAUUUCGAGGAAAUGCACAGGUGGAGGCACCCCCUGCGACGCUCCUGGCGGAAAGUACGCGAGUCUCCCCGGACGGUCCAGUCGAUUAAUCUAAAAUGUCUGCAUCUUCUCACCAGCAAACUCGCCACAAUUCUCUCAAUCCACAACUGGAAGGACGACCUCCAGGCCAACUGUCUGCUCGCAUUCCAUAUGAGCAACUUUAUGUGGGCCAAGGAUAACGGAUUUAAUGCUCGCCAGAUCUCCACGUUCUUCUCGAUCAUGAAGUUCCUGCUCGACAAGACAAUCUCCGACGGCUUGACUGCCACAAAGGCCAUGGAGCUGUUUCAGACCUAUAUCUGCUAUGAAACCAUGCCAAUGAGCAGCAGCAUCGGCGGCGGAGGAGGAUACGAAAACGAGUCACAGUCGUUUACGCUCAAGGAGGCCAUAUCUAUCACCGAUUUUGUCACCACGACUUUCAUGCAACACUUUCGGCUUGUGCAGUGCGUUUUUGUUACCGAUCAAGACAAGCUCGACGUCGAGACCCAAGUCAGUGUCGAGAAGCCCAUGUGCCCAAGGCCGCUGGCUGAAGGCAUGACGCUGCUGGCGUGGGAGGCUGAAGAAGCACUCAAGCGAGAAGCCGAACGCCGCGAACGGGAGGAGCUCGAGCGUCGGCUUGCCGAAGAGCGUGCAAAGAAUUUCAACCCUUUCGAAGUCCUCACGAACGAAGAGAUCAAGCACAUCACCACCGAGGUUAUCCAAAACGCACUUGGGUCGAUCUACCACGAGAUCGAUACAGUCGUAGAGACCCACAAGCAGCGCCAACUGGCCUCGCUCGCCGGAUACAUCAAGGAGGCACCAUAGAGGCUUGCUCGAACGCAGAGGAGCAGCCUGUCCCUGAGCGCCCCUCAACGACCGGUUGGCCCCGGUGGGCAGGCCGUGAGAUUGCACUGCAGUCUUUGCUGGCGAUUCAGUGGGUUUUGUUUGGCUUCGGGAGCACAGUCUUGAAUCCAUCGCG